AUGGUGCUAGCAGACGACACGGUUGCGAUUCGUCACUUUAGUCGAGACGCCUGCGAACUUGCUGUCACAUCGAGAACGCAGCUCGGGCGCCUCAGAGACGCGGCCGUGGAGGUGAUGUUCGAGGACAAUUUGGCGCUCCUGCGAGCGGCCAUUGAAGCAGAC